AUUGUAGUCACUGACAUGUGCAGAUGUAAAUAUCCUAUCCGAGUGAGACCGAGGGGUUCGACAUGGCGCCGUACAAGGCAGAGCAUUCGGUAAGAAUCAGUGCUCACCCCAAGGGAGUUGCGAGUAAGGAUUCGUAGGAUAAUAAGAGGGCAAGCAGCAGUGAGGACAGCAUUUUGCCCAGGUCUGAGUGUGCGGGCAAGGGUGGGAUCAUGGUCACGCCGCGCGUUGAAGUAAACAAGGAUUAAAAGUUUUUCAUUUGUACUGUAGCAUAGAACGGAAAGAUGACAAGUUGAUUAUCCUCAUGUAUCUACCUCCGAGACUUCAGAGACAAACAGCAAACACUGGUAAAUUGCAGCCAACAGAGGGGAUCUUUCAAGCUCAGAAUGCGCGUCACCUGAUUCGGAGCCAGGGUAGUGUGGAAAGCCAUUAUCUGCCUAUACAUGUCUCCUGUCAUCACCAUCGUCCUCCAGACCCUUCCUCUGAUAGUCUCUCCUUUGAAAUCCCAGUUGACUGGACACAGAUACAUGCCACGAAAUUCGCCGCAAGAUCAACGCACACCUCGAAAGACCCGGUGCCACCCAAGCCCAAGUCCUCCGCAACAUCGCCGCCUUGUACCACCUGGCGCCCCCGCAAGAUCCAAUCUGCGCAACUGUCCGCCUUCCGUUCCAAGAAAGGCGCGUAUGUAUACUUUUGGAAAAUGAGGAUUGCGGUGAAGAAGCCGAAGAGCAAGAAGAGGGAGGAGAUGGAAGAUAUUCAUUGUAUCCGUGGCGGUAUGGGAACGAAGCAUAGACACCAGAUGUUUCUGGUUUGGGCGGAGAAGAAUCCUUAUGUCGAUGCGUAUGGAAGGGUUUUUGUGGACUGAGCGAUUUGACCAGGCUAGUGUUGAUGUGGCCGUGACGUUUGGGUGGUCUCUGUUCAUUGUGCGUGGCUGGCUGGCUGCCUCUCUGUCAUUGGUGGCUGUCUGAUCAUUUCAUCCAUACUACGUCCGACCUUGUAGGGG